GUUGAGCACGGCAUUCCCACUCGUGACCUUGUGCGGAUGCAUGACCGAGCUCCUUCAGCUAGAUGAGUCCAUUAAAACUAAUGUGUUCAGCAUCCAAUGUCGUAGACGUACAGGACUAUUGAUUUUGAGGAUUUUUUUCACCGCUAACAAUCGAUUCGGCUUUGGAAAGUUGUGAAACAAGUACAAUUUUGCCAUCAUUGAACCUGCUACUUAAAGUUAUUUUCGCUCAAGUUACAUGCAGCUUUCUCCGUUUUCAAUCAACAAUUUGUUUGUAGUUUUGCGACAGAUAACAUCAACUUCAGCUCAUAACAACAGUAACGCGUUUACAAAUUUCAUUCACUCGAGAUAUCGUGAGGUCAAGUCCGCAAAACCGGAGCUAUCAAAUUAUGAUGUGAUCAGAAAGUUAGCACAGUUGUACAAAUCACUUCCAGUUGAAGAGGUAGAAAAGUUAAAAUUAGAAGCGAAAGAACAUCAAUCUCAUGUCAAAAAAGCGACCAAGUUUGCUUAUCGUAAUGGAAUGCCAAAAAGUCCACCAAACUCUGGACUCAAAGUUUUCAUGAGAGAAAAACUAAAGGACUCUAAGGGUACACCAGUGUCUCAAAUGCGAAAUGACUUUAAAGAUACUGUAAAACAAUGGAUGUCGCUGCCUGUCUCUGAUCAACUGGAGUAUAAUAACAUUGCAAAAGAUCUAAAAAAUGAUUAUGAAAUUAAACUUAAAGAAUGGGCUACAAAAAAUAAUAUUCAAUAUACAAAACGUAUAUCAAUACUGGCUGAUAGAUUCUAUAGAGCAUAUUACCCUAAAUAAAGAAUUCAUUUAUGAUUAAUGAAAACAAAGAUGAAUCAGAUUACUACAAAAUGUAAUAUUUGUACUAUUUCCACUAUUGUUGUUGUUGUUGGUUUCCUUUUUUGUGGUUUUAAAUUCUGAAAAACCGAUAAAUCGAUGGUAGUAACCAAUUUUUGUGGAAAUUAUUAUUGUCAUUUAUAUAUUUGUUUAUUGAAUCUUUUAGUAAUGUGUAGCCUAUUUCUUGUUACUCUACUCGCCUAUUUCAAGAACAUUUUUCUCUCUUCGUUUUUUUUCCGCAUCGUUACUCGUUAGAUCGUUUUCCUUUUUUUUGUUUUUUGUUAAGCUAUUAAAUAGUGUUAAAAUUUUUUUUCUGUAUUCAUCUGUCAUAAAUGUGUAAUAACU